GGAGGAGCAAGAUCAGAGAGGAAGCUGCUGGCAAACUCCUAGCGAGUCUCUCCAACUCCCAGUCGAACUUUCAAAAAUUGUGUUUCCACUUCCGUGCUUUCCGUUUUCUUUUCGGGCUUUGGCCGCAGCUGUGGAUAUUCAUUUAGGCGCUUGCCGCUUGCCGCUUGCAGCUUGCACUCAAGAAGGCUGACAUGCAACUUAUACUUUUCAUUCCGCUGCUGCUCGUGGUAGCCGCCGUCGGUGGCACUUGCAGCGCAGCAAGUUCGCAGCCGCAGUCGUACUACUGCAAGCGAUAUGAAGCCGCUGUGCAAAGCUCCCAGCAUUGGUGCGAGAAACAGAUUGGCAUAUUUUCCGCCUAUUUCCUGUGCCUAUUCAGCUGCAGCAACAGACACCAAUUGAGCAUUUUCGAUUGCCAUUUCCGCAUCAAGGAAAAGAACAGCUAUCCACUGUGCAAUGAUCUAUACUGCAGCGCCGUGAGCAUGCCCUUGCCCCCCCAGCCGACCACCACAACGCCACCACCAACAACAGAGGCAUACACUAUUUGGCCAUCGACAGUAAGUAUACAACAAUCCACCGAGGGAGUUUCCGACAGUUUAGCGACCGGAAACGGUACAACCAACGCUUCGAUCUCCAGUACGCCAUUAGCGACCUCAAAGGACUCAACAAGUGGUGAAAGCACCUCCAAAGCACCCGCUACAACAGUGUCAACAAGUCAAACCCAAAAAGAUGCAUUUACAGAUGCAGCAACAAGCGAACCAUCAGAUACAUCAACCAUCUCACGAAUAGACUCAACAGAAUAUACAACAUCAGAUGCACUUACGGAUGCAGCAACAGAUGAACCAUUAGAUACAUCCACCGUCUCACGAAUAGACUCAACAGAAUAUACAACAUCAGAUGCACUUACGGAUGCAGCAACAGAUGAACCACCAGAUGCAUCAACAGUCUCACGAAUAGACUCAACAGAAUAUACAACAUCAGAUGCACUUACGGAUGCAGCAACAGAUGAACCAUCAGAUACAGCAACAGAUGAACCAUCAGAUACAUCAACCGUCUCACGAAUAGACUCAACAGAAUAUACAACAUCAGAUGCACUUACGGAUGCAGCAACAGAUGAACCAUCAGAUGCAUCAACAGUCUCACGAAUAGACUCAACAGAAUAUACAACAUCAGAUGCACUUACGGAUGCAGCAACAGAUGAACCAUUAGAUACAUGCACCGUCUCACGAAUAGACUCAACAGAAUAUACAACAUCAGAUGCACUUACGGAUGCAGCAACAUAUGAACCAUCAGAUACAGCAACAGAUGAACCAUCAGAUACAUCAACCCUCUCACGAAUAGACUCAACAGAAUAUACAACAUCAGAUGCACUUCCGGAUGCAGCAACAGAUGAACCAUCAGAUGCAUCAACAGUCUCACGAAUAGACUCAACAGAAUAUACAACAGCAGAUGCACUUACGGAUGCAGCAACAGAUGAACCAUCAGAUACAGCAACAGAUGAACCAUCAGAUACAUCAACCCUCUCACGAAUAGACUCAACAGAAUAUACAACAUCAGAUGCACUUCCGGAUGCAGCAACAGAUGAACCAUCAGAUGCAUCAACAGUCUCACGAAUAGACUCAACAGAAUAUACAACAUCAGAUGCACUUACGGAUGCAGCAACAGAUGAACCAUUAGAUACAUCCACCGUCUCACGAAUAGACUCAACAGAAUAUACAACAUCAGAUACACUUACGGAUGCAGAAACAGAUGAACCAUCAGAUGCAUCAACAGUCUCACGAAUAGACUCAACAGAAUAUACAACAUCAGAUGCAUUUACGGAUGCAGCAACAGAUGAACCAUCAGAUGCAUCAACAGUCUCACGAAUAGACUCAACAGAAUAUACAACAUCAGAUGCACUUACGGAUGCAGCAACAGAUGAACCAUCAGAUACAUCAACCGUCUCACGAAUAGACUCAACAAAAUAUACAACAUCAGAUGCACUUACGGAUGCAGCAACAGAUGAACCAUCAGAUACAGCAACAGAUGAACCAUCAGAUACAUCAACCGUCUCACGAAUAGACUCAACAGAAUAUACAACAUCAGAUGCACUUACGGAUGCAGCAACAGAUGAACCAUCAGAUGCAUCAACAGUCUCACGAAUAGACUCAACAGAAUAUACAACAUCAGAUGCACUUACGGAUGCACCAUCAUAUACAGCAACAGAUGAACCAUCAGAUACAGCAACAGAUGAGCCAUCAGAUACAUCAACCGUCUCACGAAUAGACUCAACAGAAUAUACAACAUCAGAUGCACUUACGGAUGCAGCAACAGAUGAACCAUCAGAUGCAUCAACAGUCUCACGAAUAGACUCAACAGAAUAUACAACAUCAGAUGCACUUACGGAUGCAGCAACAGAUGAACCAUCAGAUGCAUCAACAGUCUCACGAAUAGACUCAACAGAAUAUACAACAUCAGAUGCACUUACGGAUGCAGCAACAGAUGAACCAUCAGAUGCAUCAACAGUCUCACGAAUAGACUCAACAGAAUAUACAACAUCAGAUGCACUUACGGAUGCAGCAACAGAUGAACCAUUAGAUACAUCCACCGUCUCACGAAUAGACUCAACAGAAUAUACAACAUCAGAUGCACUUCCGGAUGCAGCAACAGAUGAACCAUCAGAUGCAUCAACAGUCUCACGAAUAGACUCAACAGAAUAUACAACAUCAGAUGCACUUACGGAUGCAGCAACAGAUGAACCAUUAGAUACAUCCACCGUCUCACGAAUAGACUCAACAGAAUAUACAACAUCAGAUGCACUUACGGAUGCAGCAACAGAUGAACCAUCAGAUACAUCAACCGUCUCACGAAUAGACUCAACAAAAUAUACAACAUCAGAUGCACUUACGGAUGCAGCAACAGAUGAACCAUCAGAUGCAUCAACAGUCUCACGAAUAGACUCAACAGAAUAUACAACAUCAGAUGCACUUACGGAUGCAGCAACAGAUGAACCAUUAGAUACAUGCACCGUCUCACGAAUAGACUCAACAGAAUAUACAACAUCAGAUGCACUUACGGAUGCAGCAACAUAUGAACCAUCAGAUACAGCAACAGAUGAACCAUCAGAUACAUCAACCCUCUCACGAAUAGACUCAACAGAAUAUACAACAGCAGAUGCACUUACGGAUGCAGCAACAGAUGAACCAUCAGAUACAGCAACAGAUGAACCAUCAGAUACAUCAACCCUCUCACGAAUAGACUCAACAGAAUAUACAACAUCAGAUGCACUUCCGGAUGCAGCAACAGAUGAACCAUCAGAUGCAUCAACAGUCUCACGAAUAGACUCAACAGAAUAUACAACAUCAGAUGCACUUACGGAUGCAGCAACAGAUGAACCAUCAGAUGCAUCAACAGUCUCACGAAUAGACUCAACAGAAUAUACAACAUCAGAUGCACUUACGGAUGCAGCAACAGAUGAACCAUCAGAUGCAUCAACAGUCUCACGAAUAGACUCAACAGAAUAUACAACAUCAGAUGCACUUACGGAUGCAGCAACAGAUGAACCAUCAGAUGCAUCAACAGUCUCACGAAUAGACUCAACAGAAUAUACAACAUCAGAUGCACUUACGGAUGCAGCAACAGAUGAACCAUCAGAUACAGCAACAGAUGAACCAUCAGAUACAUCAACCCUCUCACGAAUAGACUCAACAGAAUAUACAACAUCAGAUGCACUUCCGGAUGCAGCAACAGAUGAACCAUCAGAUGCAUCAACAGUCUCACGAAUAGACUCAACAGAAUAUACAACAUCAGAUGCACUUACGGAUGCAGCAACAGAUGAACCAUUAGAUACAUCCACCGUCUCACGAAUAGACUCAACAGAAUAUACAACAUCAGAUGCACUUCCGGAUGCAGCAACAGAUGAACCAUCAGAUGCAUCAACAGUCUCACGAAUAGACUCAACAGAAUAUACAACAUCAGAUGCACUUACGGAUGCAGCAACAGAUGAACCAUUAGAUACAUCCACCGUCUCACGAAUAGACUCAACAGAAUAUACAACAUCAGAUGCACUUACGGAUGCAGCAACAGAUGAACCAUCAGAUACAUCAACCGUCUCACGAAUAGACUCAACAAAAUAUACAACAUCAGAUGCACUUACGGAUGCAGCAACAGAUGAACCAUCAGAUGCAUCAACAGUCUCACGAAUAGACUCAACAGAAUAUACAACAUCAGAUGCACUUACGGAUGCAGCAACAGAUGAACCAUUAGAUACAUGCACCGUCUCACGAAUAGACUCAACAGAAUAUACAACAUCAGAUGCACUUACGGAUGCAGCAACAUAUGAACCAUCAGAUACAGCAACAGAUGAACCAUCAGAUACAUCAACCCUCUCACGAAUAGACUCAACAGAAUAUACAACAUCAGAUGCACUUCCGGAUGCAGCAACAGAUGAACCAUCAGAUGCAUCAACAGUCUCACGAAUAGACUCAACAGAAUAUACAACAGCAGAUGCACUUACGGAUGCAGCAACAGAUGAACCAUCAGAUACAGCAACAGAUGAACCAUCAGAUACAUCAACCCUCUCACGAAUAGACUCAACAGAAUAUACAACAUCAGAUGCACUUCCGGAUGCAGCAACAGAUGAACCAUCAGAUGCAUCAACAGUCUCACGAAUAGACUCAACAGAAUAUACAACAUCAGAUGCACCUACGGAUGCAGCAACAGAUGAACCAUUAGAUACAUCCACCGUCUCACGAAUAGACUCAACAGAAUAUACAACAUCAGAUACACUUACGGAUGCAGAAACAGAUGAACCAUCAGAUGCAUCAACAGUCUCACGAAUAGACUCAACAGAAUAUACAACAUCAGAUGCAUUUACGGAUGCAGCAACAGAUGAACCAUCAGAUACAUCAACCGUCUCACGAAUAGACUCAACAGAAUAUACAACAUCAGAUGCACUUAUGGAUGCAGCAACAGAUGAACCAUCAGAUGCAUCAACAGUCUCACGAAUAGACUCAACAGAAUAUACAACAUCAGAUGCACUUACGGAUGCAGCAACAGAUGAACCAUUAGAUACAUCCACCGUUUCACGAAUAGACUCAACAGAAUAUACAACAUCAGAUGCACUUACGGAUGCAGCAACAGAUGAACCAUCAGAUGUAUCAACAGUCUCACGAAUAGACUCAACAGAAUAUACAGCAACAGAUGAACCAUCAGAUACAGCAACAGAUGAACCAUCAGAUACAUCCACCGUCUCAAGAAUAGACUCAACAGAAUAUACAACAUCAGAUGCACUUACGGAUGCAGCAAUAGAUGAACCAUCAGAUGCAUCAACAGUCUCACGAAUAGACUCAACAGAAUAUACAACAUCAGAUGCACUUACGGAUGCAGCAACAGAUGAACCAUCAGAUACAGCAACAGAUGAACCAUCAGAUACAUCAACCGUCUCACGAAUAGACUCAACAGAAUAUACAACAUCAGAUGCACUUACGGAUGCAGCAACAGAUGAACCAUCAGAUGCAUCAACAGUCUCACGAAUAGACUCAACAGAAUAUACAACAUCAGAUGCACUUACGGAUGCACCAUCAUAUACAGCAACAGAUGAACCAUCAGAUACAGCAACAGAUGAGCCAUCAGAUACAUCAACCGUCUCACGAAUAGACUCAACAGAAUAUACAACAUCAGAUGCACUUACGGAUGCAGCAACAGAUGAACCAUCAGAUGCAUCAACAGUCUCACGAAUAGACUCAACAGAAUAUACAACAUCAGAUGCACUUACGGAUGCAGCAACAGAUGAACCAUUAGAUACAUCCACCGUCUCACGAAUAGACUCAACAGAAUAUACAACAUCAGAUGCACUUACGGAUGCAGCAACAGAUGACCCAUCAGAUGUAUCAACAGUCUCACGAAUAGACUCAACAGAAUAUACAGCAACAGAUGAACCAUCAGAUACAUCCACCGUCUCAAGAAUAGACUCAACAGAAUAUACAACAUCAGAUGCACUUACGGAUGCAGCAAUAGAUGAACCAUCAGAUGCAUCAACAGUCUCACGAAUAGACUCAACAGAAUAUACAACAUCAGAUGCACUUACGGAUGCAGCAACAGAUGAAUCAUCAGAUGUCCCAUCAGAUGACCCAUCAGAUGACCCAACAGAUGUAAUAUCAGAUGAUUCAUCAGAUGCACCUAUGAAUACACCAGAAGAAAAACUGACAGAUGCACAUAUCCAUACAGAAGAAGAUAAUCGUACAAAGGCCGAUACAUCAGAUGGAACAACAGAUGCACCCGUAGCGACAGCAGAAGCAUCUACCAGUAAAGAAAUGAAUUGAUUUUUACUCACGAAUCUUUGAUCUUUAAAUGAGGCAUCUCUUGCUCCAGAAACGAAAGUGAAUUACCGAAUUAGCAGAUUAUAGUUAUAGUCUGUAAUCAAUAUACUUUAGUCCAUCCAUAA